UCUUCAUUAGUUUCUACUCACUCCUCUGUUUCUUCCCUCAUUUCAUUUUCCUCCCCUUCAACAAAAACCAAACCCCCACAACCCCAAAAGAGCACCCUUUGCUCUGUUUUUUACCACACACAAAAAAAAAAAAAAAAUGAUGCAACGCUGUGGCAGUUACCAAUGUUACUCUGCUGGAGAAUGUUCUUGUGGGGGAUUUUACGGGCAGCAGGGCAGUUACUUCUCUAUGCCCACUUACAACAAUUACUACGAAACCGAACAUUAUUCUUUCGAAUCUUCUUCUCCGGUCGAUUGUACACUCUCUCUCGGUACGCCAUCAACUCGUAUGACGGAGUACGAUGAGAAACGCCGUGAAGAACAACACCCUGCUUCUAAUUUCACCUGGGAUUUACCUCGUACCAAACAUCCUCAUUCCUCUAAAACCACCCGCCGUGGCGCUAAUAGUGGCGCCGAUAAAUCUAAUGCCAAUGCUGAUCAAAUGUUCGCCCGCCACUGUGCUAAUUGCGACACCACCACUACCCCUCUCUGGCGCAACGGCCCUAGCGGCCCUAAGUCGUUAUGCAAUGCGUGUGGGAUUAGAUACAAGAAGGAAGAAAGAAAAGCAGCAAGUUCAGGGCAACCAGCGAAUGCAAUAAUGUAUAGGAACGAAGCGAGUUCAUGGCUUCAGCAUCAUACUCACAGCCAAAGAACGCCCAGAUUCGCACACGGGAUCACCAAUGAACUCAAUCCCAGCGUUGCCUUUCUUUCAUGGAGUCUCAAUGACACAGAGCAACCUCAGCUUUACUAUGAUUUCACAAGUUGAAAUUACCAUCCCACAAGAAAAAGGGGAAAAAAAGUUUUUUUUUUUUUUUUUUGGUUCUCUGCCAAGAUAGCCAAUCGGACGAUGUGGGGGAGUUUUUCUUUUUCUUUUUUCUUUUUUCUUUUAAUUUGUUAUUAAGUAUUUACUUUUUUUUUUUUUUUUUUUUUUUUUAAUACUCGGGAGAGAAAAAAAAAAAAGAGAAAAGAGAAAGAAAGGGCACCAUUAUAAUGUUGUUGAGGAUUUUUAAAAAGAUGGUGAGACGGUUUUAUGGAAUACUGUCUCCUCCAAAGAUCCACCAUGAUCAAAUUUUCUUUCUUUUUUUUUUUUUUUUUUCUUUUACCCUUUCAGAAUUUUUUGGCUGCUAUUUAUUAUUUUUCCAUUAUACGUCAAUGUUUGUGAAAAUCGAAAUAUUAAAAUUAUAUAAAUAUAUAAAUAUAUAUUUGUCA